UUUGAUAGAAAUCAUCCCCUCUUCUCUCCCCCUCUCCUCUCGAAAUCAGUAUUUCUAUAUAUAUAAAGAGAGAGCGCGCUACCUUUCUGGACGAGCAAAUGAGACAAACUCCUCGUUUCUUCUACAACCUUCCAGAGGAACUUCCAUGAAGGACGAUGAAAGGGAUCCCCAAGCACUGCGAGACUGAGUGGCAUGAAUGUGAAUCGAUUCAGAUGGGAAGGGCAAUAUCGUCACAAAAAAUUAAUAUGUGACGAUAAAAUAGCGAACUAGACGCCACUGCUCGAUGAGUGGAUGACUUGGGAAGCAAGCAACUAAUGAGAGUAGGAGCCUUUGAAGCUUCUUUCGUCAUCUGGUUUAUACCAUAAAAAUCAGAUUCAUGUUCCGUAAAUACCCCCACCGCCUUAAUUUAAUUACUAUUUCAGGUCUAAAACCCCACCACGCCUCGCGCCUUUUAUAAAACCCUUUCUGUUGCAAUAUUUCCUUGUUAAUGUUUUCAGCCGACGGGAUUCGCCGUGGUCUGCAGGUAAGAUGAUGGAGAUCAACGCCGGGGUCUCUUUUCCGGUCGUCUUCUUCGAUGGGGAACGGGAAAUCAACAUCGGAGACGUCGUUGUGUUUCCGUCGAUGGAGUUUAAGAAUUUCCAAUCAAUUCUGAGCCAGAAAAUUGGAAUCUCUCCACACCAGAUCUCCAUCUUCCUUGACUGUCAGAGGAAAUCGCGAUCAUCCAUGGAAACACGUCGGAGAAUUCCUAUUACCGGUAAGGUGAGUUUCUCUGCAAUUCUUCGCGAGAAGGAUUGCUUCUUUCUUGUGGUCUUGAAGCGAUCAAGGAGAGAAAGAAGGCGAAAAUCAAGACUUCUUAACGAAGUGGAAGAAGAAGAAGAGAACUUCACGACGCGGAAUACAGUAGCGCCGCCUCAGAAACUGCAUCUUCUCCGGCGAAACCAAGAGACAACCGAUCAAACAUUUUCAGGCUUCGUUUCGCCGUAUUACGAUCAGAUUAUGCCUUCGGACGACCUGUUCGUGGGAUCGCAGUUUCUAAAUUAUAAUAAUCGUCUCCAGAAUUUGCAGAUUCAACGAGAGAAGUAUUUGCGCUCUACCAAUUUGCAUUCGAUACCGAAUGAGAACUAUGACUUCCCGGUGACGAAUAAUCGAAUCGGAAGAGAUGUGAUAGUGUGCGAGGAGUGUGUGAAGGCGAUGACGAUGGGAAAACCGGUUCCCUUCCACUGGUGCGUGUACGACGCCGUCACUGUAGGGUUCCGAUCACCGGCCGGACCAAUUGCGAGGCCUGUCAAACGUUCCAAUUAGGGUUUGAAGGUCCACGUUUUUAUUUUAUUUUAUUUUGUUAUUUUGAUGAUGAUGAUGAUGAUGAUGAUUUGAAUUGAACCCAAGGAGACUUCCGAUUUAGGCUUUCUGCUUAGGAACAGGAAACAAUAGUGUUGGGGGGUGGUGAUGGUGGUGCGAUGUGGCAUACGAUAAGGAAGGUAUACCACACGCGAUACCACAUAGAUUACAGAAGAUACUAGGACUAGGAAAUUAUACAAGUGUUGAUAUACGUGUAUGGAAAAACGCCCUUUGGGAAAGGGUCCAAGUUGACAGAUCUUUUUCUGUAUUUUUCUUUUUUUCUUUGGAUUCUUGAGAGAGUGAGAAGCUCUGCUUCAUUGCUUGAAAUGGUGAGACACACCACUUGGAAUUGUUUUCCACCCCAUUCCAUUUUCAGGAUCGUAACACUACUUUGGGAUUAGGCCCUACAGGAAUUUAAUUCCCAUUGGCGUUUUGAUUGGAAAUUUGGUAUAUGAAUGAAUUGUCAUCGUCUCUUUUCUUUUC